AUGUCUUUUCAAGAACGGUCAAUAUCACCAACACCUUCAUUAGAAGAAGUUCCUUGGACACCACAAAGCUCCGCUUCUGCUUCUGCUUCAACUAAUGAAACAAGUAAUGAACCAAAUAAUGAAACUGAUAAUGGAGCUGAUAAUAAACAUUUUCAGACCAUAGAUGAAGUGAUUAAUCUUUUAAAACCUUUCGAAGAAAUAACCAGGCAUUUUUUCGGCUCAAAAUAUCCUACAAUAAAUCUCAUAUAUCCUUACGUCCGUAUGUUAAAAAAUAAGUAUGCACCAGUAGAUGAAAAGGGCGAAUCUGUUGAAAACUGGUUGACUUUGAUUUAUGGGUCCUCAUUGGAAAGCUCGGAUGAUAAUACAAGCAUUAGUAGUGGCGAUGAAGACAGUAUACCAUCAGGUGGAAACAGGAAACAAUGGCAGUAUGCGCAUCGAAGUAUACAUAGUCGAGGUCGAGGCCAAGGUCGCAAACGUAGAAAGAGGCUUG